AUGAUGAUGACGCAGCCGUUUCCUGCCCACCAAGGCAUGCCGCAACAUGGGUUUCCCCCCGGUCACCCAAUGGCCGCGCAACAUCCAAAUGGACACCCGGGCGCUGGAAUGGUACAGCAAAUGCAUCCUGGCGUCUCUGCGCCGGGAGGACCUCAAGUCAGCCAAGCGGGCCCGAUGAUGGGCGGCAUGCCCCCGGGCGCUGGGGCAGUUGGUCCUGGUGGCCCCGGCCCAAAUGCUCAUGCCCUCUCCCACCUGAAUCCCGCGCAGGCGCAUAUGCUUCAGAACCCCCAAUUCCAACAAAAUUGUUAG